UGAAUGGAAUGGAACCAAGGGUGUUCUCUUCCGCUUCCGCUUCCUCAUUACUCGGAGCAAGUGCAGUGCGAGUGCAGUGCGGUGCAGGGUGGAGAAUACAGUACAGUACCAAUGACCGACCGCGCCAACCUGGUGAUGGCGACGCAGGGUUGAUGGGGUUCAUGGGUUCAUGGGUUCAUGGGUUGGGUUGCGACGGUGGAACACUCACUGACUGGCAGUGGCAGUGGCAGUGGCACUGGAACGAGAACGACCGAGAAUCGAUGUUCGUCCCGAUGCAAGGCAAGGCAAGGCACAGGCAAGUGAUGAGUGAAGAGAAGAGGGAAAAGGGAAAAGGGAGAAUUGCCACGACGCAAUCAAAACACAACACGCACCGCUUGACGCCUCAAUUGAUGCUGAUUGAUGCUAUGCUAUGACGGAGUCUAACGUCGUAUUGCAGCGGUGGCCCAUGAAAGGAGGAAUAUUCACUGGGAAUCCCAUAUAAUUUACUGUACAGAUGUUGGGUUCCAGGUGGACGGCGACGUUGCUGUUGGCUGAGACGGAGCGUUCGCUGACGGCGGCUG